UCAGGAAGAAAUGAGUGCCCCAAAACGCGUAACCCCUGUCGUACAUAGACCCGACGCAAGACAAUAAUAUGUACAUAUUGUUGCCGAUUCUUCCAAGGUUUCCCAAUUUAAAGACGGUAGUCCCAGCGUAUCAACGGACUCGCUUCCGUGCUUGCCUUGUGGCACACAUGUUCUUGUUGCUUUCAUUCCCUCGUACCGUUUCUUUUCUGUGGUUUACUCGGACUGCAUGUGCAUCUUUGGUGUUAUCAUGCCGUAUUCUCCGGUCUUAUAGACCUUGGUCUGCCAUCACGUUCUUCAUCAAAUGUCCCCUUGGCGAUAUGAUCAUUUUCCUCGGUAUUGAUAGGCUCACCGAGCUUGAAAUUAGAACUGCAGGGCAAUUGGAAACCGAUUUAAUAUUGACUGGGAAUCUCCGUCUGGUAUGGACCGAAGUGAACAGCCCCGAAAGUGACUUGGUCGUUCCUUUUGGAAAGGCGCUGGCACUAUGCUGUGCGUGUAAGUACUUCCAGAUGUCGGCGGCCUGUACGCAGGGACUUGUAGUAACAUUAAGUAUGUUAAUGUAACAUUCAUACCUGCAGGAAGUGAUAGGUGUGCUAGACUUUUUGAGUUAACUAUGUACCAUUUUGAAGUUGGUGACCGG